GUAUUUUACAGGUGCGUGUGUGCUUUUUGUUAAUUAACAAUUCUAUUCAUUUCUCACCGCCGAUCUCUCUCUCUCUCUCUCUCUCUCUCUCUCUAUAAUCCAUUCAUUUCUUUAGUUUCUCUCUCUAAAAUCCUUCCUUUUUUUUUCUUCACUAUAACCACUUUGUAAUCUGAAUCUCCUUCUCUCUCUCUCUCUCACAUACAACACACACUGAAGGUGUGCUUGAUCGGCGAUUUAUAUUAAUCCUCUAGAAAAAUUUAAACGUACCAGAAAAAAAAAAGAGAUCGAAAAUUUUGUAUAGGCUAGACGAUGAUAAUGAGACGACACUGUGAGCUGUGCAGUGGUGAAGCCGCCGUCUUUUGCUCCGCCGACAACGCACAUCUCUGCUGGAGCUGCGACGCACGAGUUCACUCUGCCAACUUCCUCGUGGCUCGACAUGUUCGCCAGUUUCUCUGCUCCGCCUGCAAUAAUCUAACCGGCCAUUCGAUCUCCGGCGUAGGUUCUGACCUUGUUCCGGCGACCUGCUCCUCGUGCCCUACGGCUGAUGACGUCAGCUCACUCUCCUCCGAUAAUUCCUCGGUUUGCAUCUCCAGCACCACAUCUCCGGCUAAGAAAUUAUAUUGCGGCGGUGGUGGUCAAAGUGUUGACUCUUCGUCUUCUUCGGUGACGUCGGAGCGGGAGCGAAAAUCGCGGGUGGAUAUUUUUGAAGCCGAGGGCGUUUUCGUCAACUGGUAUGGCAAGCUGGGGGUCGGUGAUGACGUGGCAGUACGGAUGGCCUCGAGAGCUAUGAGGGUGUUUUUGGGUCGGUUGACGGUUUUACCAUUCCGCAUUUGCUUGGCGGCUUCGGUGUGGCAUGGUUUGAGAUUCGGCUCGGUGCAGACAUGGCAGGUGCUGAAACGGCUCGAGGAGAUUUCCGGUGCGCCGGCUAAGAUUAUAUUAGCUGCGGCUUCGAAGCUUGAGCGUGCUGUAAAAGUGCAGCGCAGGCGCCGCCUUGAGCUGGAAGAGGGAUGGGCUGAGUGCUAGCUAGUUUGGGCUUUGAUUAAUUAAAAAGUUGUUAACUUUGUUUAUUUUUCUGGCCCAUUUUCCUCUUUAGAUUUAAUAUUAAUAUAAUGUUUUUAAUUAGGAUUGCAAGUAUUAGAGAUGCUAAAUAUGAUUUCAAAUAAUUAUAAUAUUAUUAUUAUUA